AUGAGCAUGAGCGCAAGCGCAAACACCAGACCACCGCCUGGACCAGGGCCGUCGCAUGCCUCGCGCCGUCUUCUCAUUUUCCAGGAGACGCGCAACCCGCAGAACGUCGCAGAGACCAUCUACGUUCCCGUCAACAAACUGGGACUACCGAUUUGUGGCGAUGGGCCUGAGCUGCCUUCUAUUCUGGAGUUGCCGUUGCGGGUGCUGAGGGUAUUUACGGAUAUUUUCAAUCAGCCGAAGUAUAAGGGGUGGGCUGUUGUCUCUGCAGGUCCGUAUCAUGAUAUCUCAGAAGAAGGGAAAUUUUAUGCUGUGGUUUUGGAGCAGACGCAGAAUACUUCGGUGCAUGCGCAUGAGACUCAUAUGGGGACUCCUUGA